CUAUGUGCUGACUGUAUCUACAGAAGAUAUUUAAAAAAAAAAAAAAAACUUUUUUCAAAGAUUUUGAUUCCAGUGGAAUCUUUGCUUUAGAUUAUUUUGUGUGUGUGUGUGUGAAUUGUAACUCCAGUAACAAUGCCUGUACAAGCUCCACAAUGGACAGAUUUCCUCUCCUGCCCGAUUUGCACUCAGACCUUUGAUGAAACAAUUCGAAAGCCCAUCAGUUUGGGUUGUGGCCAUACUGUCUGCAAGAUGUGCCUGAAUAAGCUCCACCGCAAGGCUUGCCCCUUUGACCAGACCACUAUCAACACAGACAUUGAGCUCCUCCCCGUGAACUCAGCACUGCUGCAGCUAGUGGGUGCUCAGUGUGUUGGGAGAUGGAUUGUGGUAGUGGAGUGUUCCUCGGUCAUAGCGCAGGAACAGCCAUUCAAUCUGGUGCUCAGCCUUUCUCAACAAUCUGAGCUGUUCAGAUCACUAGAGAAACCUAAAGGACCUCUUAAUAUUGAGGAAAAUAUUACUCAUAUAACCAUUGCAUUUUACUUAAUAGGAAAAUUUUUGGAUGAAGACUUGAAGGUAGCUGGGAAAUACAAAGGAAAUGAUUAUAGCCAGUAUUCUCCCUGGUCAUGCGACACCAUCGGCUCCUACAUUGGAACCAAAGAUGCAAAACCCAAAGAUGUGGUGGCAGCAGGGAGUGUGGAAAUGAUGGCAUGGUUUCGUAAAAUGAACAAACGCCUAGUUCCCAGAAGACCCCUCAGUGCCUCUUUGGGUCAGCUUAAUGAGGUGGGCCUUCCUUCAGCAGCUGUCCUUCCAGAUGAAGGUGCAGUGGAUCUGCCUAGCAGAAAAACCCCUGCUCUGCCAAAUGGAAUUGUAUCAGCAGGGAAUACGGUAACACAGCUGAUUCCCCGAGGGACAGACGCCACCUACGAUUCUAGCCUCAAGCCAGGAAAGAUAGAUCAUCUGAGCAGUAGUGCCCCUGGAUCCCCUCCUGACCUGCUAGAAUCUGUCCCUAAGAGUAUUUCUGCCUUACCUGUGAAUCCACAUCCUGUACCUCCAAGGGGGCCGACAGAUUUGCCUCCUAUGCCUGUCACCAAACCACUUCAGAUGGUACCACGAGGUUCUCAGUUAUAUCCAGCACAACAGGCAGAUGUUUAUUAUCAGGAUCCUCGAGGAGCUGCGCCACCAUUUGAACCAGCACCUUAUCAGCAGGAUAGACAAAGAAGAGCAUUUGUUGUAUUUCUGAGCAGCCAACGAUUAACCCAACAACUGUUUAGAACCAAAAUUAGUUUAUUUUGCAUAAUUAAUCAGGAUCUUGGAUUUCUUGUUCAAAAUGUGGAGAGUAAAGGAAUGAGAGAUCAACGACUGGAUCUUCAGAGAAGAGCUGCAGAAACCAGUGAUGAUGACCUUAUCCCAUUUGGAGACCGACCAACUGUAUCGCGGUUUGGUGCCAUCUCUCGAACCUCCAAAACAAUAUAUCAGGGUGGUGGUCCAAUGCAGGCUAUGGCACCUCAGGGAGCUCCCACAAAACCUAUUAAUAUUUCAGAUUAUAGUCCAUAUGGAACCCAUGGUGGCUGGGGAGGAUCUCCAUAUUCACCUCAUCAAAACAUACCUUCUCAGGGACACUUCAGUGAGAGGGAGAGACUGUCCAUAUCAGAAGUGGCCAGUCAUGGAAAACCCCUUCCGUCUGCUGAGAGGGAACAGCUACGAUUGGAAUUGCAACAACUAAACCAUCAAAUCAGCCAACAGACUCAGCUCCGUGGACUAGAGGCUGUUAGUAACAGGCUGGUGUUGCAGAGGGAGGUGAACACCCUGGCAGGCCAGUCACAGCCCCCACCACCACCUCCAAAAUGGCCUGGAAUGAUUUCAAGUGAGCAGUUGAGCUUGGAACUGCACCAGGUGGAAAGGGAAAUCGGGAAGAGAACCCGGGAACUGAGUAUGGAGAACCAGUGUUCUCUGGACAUGAAAAGCAAAUUGAAUACAAGCAAGCAAGCCGAAAACGGACAACCAGAACCACAAAAUAAGGUUCCAGCUGAGGACCUUACAUUGACAUUCAGUGAUGUACCAAAUGGCUCAGCGUUGACACAAGAGAAUAUCAGCCUCCUGUCAAACAAGACCAGCUCUCUGAACCUGUCAGAGGACCCCGAGGGAGGAGGUGACAACAAUGACUCCCAGAGAGCGGGAGUCACACCCACUUCUGCUCCCUAAAUUAUGAAGAGUCCAACUUUUAUCUUUUGCUCCUGAUCAAUUUGUGGGGCAUAGGGGUAGGAGAACAGAUAACUUCUAAACUUUUUCUCUGAGAGUGGUCAGAGAUAUCCAGGAAAAGUACCGGAGGCAAUGUGCACAAACACCACUACUAAAAACAAACCCUGCACAUAGUUCACAUUAAUGCAUUUUUUAAUUUAAAAAAAAGGAAAAAGAAAAAGAAAAUUAGCAGUAUCUGCAAGCAAUUCAGAUUAAAUUUGUUUUUGUUCUGUGAAUGAACUUUAUUUUAAUAACUUUGGACGCCUUGGAUCCAGGGCUUUAAAAAAAAAAGAAGAUAUUAUAUAUACACUCUGUUUGAUUAAUUGUAUGAUCUUAAUGAAGUAGGUUUUUCUUGUAUUUUGGUAUUAUUACAUACCCAGUGUAUAAUUCCUUUCCCCCAAUCCUUUCCAACUUUCGCAAACCCCAUAAAUUAAAACAGACAGAAAGCACCGGACUGUCUUGAGAAUUCUGUGGUGCUUGAGAAACAAAGACAGUACUAGACUAGUUAUUAGAAAAUGUGCAGCACACCAACUUUUCUAAGAGCUAUUACUUAAAAGUCAUAAUUUUCUUUCCCUUUCUGGUAACUGGCUUCAUGUGUAUGUUUUUCAUAUGGCACUAAAACUUCUUGUUGUUCAGGAGGGAUUUGUUUCUUGUUUUUGUUUUUAUUUCAGCUAUUUCAGAGAGAUAAUUACCAGUUAAUUUUUUGAAGUCCUCAUUUCCGUAUUAUGGAUCUAUUUCAUUCUCUUAAUGUAAUCAGAAAGCCAGACCAAUACUGUAGGCUGUUUGAUUAGAUUUAAAUGGAGAUUAUUUUAAGAAUGAACUGUGAUUUAUUAGUACUGAAAAUACAUGGUUGGUAUAUUACCUGUACUGAGCUGAUGGUUGGAAAUUUGGAGCUGUGCUUUUUCAAAUUAAACUUUGGCUAAAAUCAUAAAAUGUAUUAAAAAAAAAAAACAGGAAAAUCAACCAUGUUUUAAAACUGCAACACUUGACUUGAAGUGAAAAUGAACAGUCAUAUUAUUUCAGUGGAUGUUUUUGUUUUGUUUUACUGUCAAAACCCAAAAGUAUAAAACAAAAUGAAAGCCCCUGGCUUUCAAAUAGAUUUGGCAAAUACAGACUGCCCAGAUCUUAAGGAUAGUUUAUGAAUUGUAGUUUAUGAAUUGACUAGUUGUUCAGAAUCAUUGGCACCAGUAGGUAGUAAGUACCUAAAAGUCAGUUUUCAUAGACUUGACUUUACAAUAGUGAAGAGAUUCUUCAUGAAAAUGUUGAAAAGAAUAAGGAAGAAUUUUUUUUAAUUUAGUUCUGCUGCACAUAUUCUGAUGCCAUGUGUCUAUACUGAACUAAGACCUUAUAAAACGUUUUUAGUGGGGAUUAUUUGAUAUAGUCACCUUCCCAUCCCUCUGUUUGCCUGAUUUUUAAGAAAUUUCCCUUUCUGGAUUAUACUACUAAAACAGAAAGCACUGGUUAUGUAAUAAGUUACUGCAUUGCUUUGGUUGGGUAAAAGCAAGAGUUUGUAUUUUUCUUGUUUCUUAUUUUCUUAACCCUUAACUCCUGCUGAGGUCAUAACAACCUCAGUGUAAGCUCUGUGUCCAUCAUACUGUUAACUGAAACAAAUGGGGGGAGGGGGGAGGGAAAUACAGUCCUGCCAUUGCCUACCAGUAGGAGAGUCCAAACAGAACACUCUUUUGAGUAGCGAUUAUUUAAUUUGCCCAGUCAAGGCACCGUGUUUAUAUACUAUUUCACAUUGAAUUUGAUUAUGCCCUACAGACCUGGCUGGUCAAGGAUUUGAUAUACACAUAUUGGCUUGGGAUUCGAGCUUUCUUUUUUAUUUAAAUAAAAAUUUAUAUAUAUUAUAUAUAUAUACAUAUAUACAUAGCUAUAUCUGUAUAUAUAUUGGGUAUGUUUUAAGGAUUUUUUCGCAUGAGCGCAGCUGUUGCGAUAAAAUGACUGAUUGGGAGGUAGAAGCACUGAAUGGAAGAUGAGGCAUUUUUUCAGUUGAUACCAUAUUUUCCUUUCCUAAAAAUACACACUUGCUUUUUUUGCUUUUUUGUUUGUUUUCUUUUUUGCUUAAACCCCUCUUAUAUGUAAGUGCUUAUUGUUUUUUGGGAGAAGGAGAGAAACUUUGUAUGUCUGACAGAGUCCCAAGAUUUUUUAUUUUUUUGUAUAACUAUAAAAGGCAACAUUCUUGGCCUCCAACUUUCUGUAGGCAGAUUUGGGCAGAUCUUAUUUCUCCUUUGGACAUACUAGAUAACUCCUAAAUUUUAGAAGCAGUUGGUUCAAUUUGGAACUCAGAAUGAUUCUGGUAUUGGAAGGGAAUUUAUGGGUAUUAAUUUUGUUGAAGUUUAGAAUAAAAGUAAAAUUCUAUUUUGGAUAUCCAUUGAAACAUCUAAUAAGUCAACUUCUGUUAUUCUUGUUUAUAUAUCCUCCAAAUACACUCCUUGCUUUCACCAUUUAGAUUUUGUAAGCUAGGCAGGAAUAGAUGUUAACUUAUAUAGUAUUCCUAUUCUGAAUAAAACCAGAAAAGCCACUGUUUUGAAUUGACUUAAAAUAAUCCUUUUUACUUUUUAAGUUAAUUUCAUUGGGGAUGGGGGUAGGGACAGAUCUCUUAAAUUGUAGCCUUAAUUCUAGCUGUACUUCAGUGAGGCCCCACAUACUCUAGAGGAAAUCUGGUUGGGUAGAAAGGCAGAAGAAUGAUAUCCUAUCCCAUUGUGCCUAUAACUUACCUAUUUUAAAUUAGUCAUUCUGCCUUAUCUCAUGGAAAUUCUUACAACUUUCCUAGUAGUCAUAAGCAGUUUUAGGAAUUAAAUAAAACCUCCAAAGUUUGGAUUUUUUUUCCCCCCUUUUCUCUGUGAUACACUUUGUGAAAUGAUGAACCUAUAAGGGUAAGUGGCCUUUUUGGGCAAAACUGCUUGACUCCUUUUUUUUUUUUUUUUUAACUGCUUGACUAUUCAGCUGCUUUUUUUUUUGUCAAAACCUGUGAAAGGCAUUGAUUUUUUUUUUGGCUUUUAAAAUGUAUGCCUUUAGAGACAGUUAAGAGAUUAAAUCAUUCAGAUAGGAAAUACAGUUUUUAUGCUUUCUACUUAGUAAGUAAAAUAUUAAUUUCUUCUGGAGAUGACUUUAUUUGCUUUUCACUGAAUUCAGAAGCAAGACUGACAUCACAGAUGAACAUGAGCAAUUCUGAGAGGGUUAAGGUAGGAGUAUAAUAAGCAUUGUGUUCACUCUUGUUUAGAUAACAAAACCAGAAUCUUAUUAUAGUUAGGAAUAUAAAAGUACUUUGACUUACUUUUUUCCAAGGUAUCUCUGGAAAAGAGUAGAAGAACUGAGAAUAAGAUAUCUACACGCAGUUUCCUAACAUACAUAGUUCUUUCGCCUUAUAGAUACUGUCACAAGAUAAGUCCAAUAGCUGUCCUGUCUUGGGUGAUUUACAGAAGCUAAAGUGACCAAAGAUCCAUUCCUUUUUACUUUUGUAAUCAAAAGAACAAUUAGUUAUAACACAGGUUUCUAGUAAUAGUAUUCACAAGAUAAGACACAUUUCUAAUGCCAGCUACAGAUAUCCAAAUACUCAGAAUGCAUAAAAAAUUAUUUGGUAUGGCAUUAAUGUGGCUGAUUCCCUUCUCUCAGCUUAUUUCCCUUCCCUUCUCCUAGACUUUCCCGUGUAUUCUUUUGCCUAAAAGACAUAAAGUUGGUAUGAUUCUUAUUUGCUACCAUGAAUAUGUAACUCCAUCAUACUUUCCAUAGGUCUUCAGGGUUAGAACUCAAAGUUUUUUUUCCUGGCCCUUUUCUAUCUUGCAAAUUCCCCUUGACUUACCCACUGCCCUCCCCAAUCUGCAACAGUGACAGUUUGCUGCCUCAAAACAGAGCAUUCAAAUGAAUUCGCUUAGCCAAUAACUUCUGUGAAGUUGCCUUUUCUAAUGGUGUUAUUACUCAGUGAUGCACAAAUGUGGUAUUUGCCCUACUGGUAGGCAAACAAAGGUCUGGUUAAGAAUGGUAACCUGCUGUUUUCUUUAAAGGAGAGCCAAAGACUUGUGCUUUACUCUGUUUUGGUUUUGGGGGAAAUAGCCAUUUUGAUUGUGAAACCUUUUAGUAUUUGUGAGUUGACUGUAUUGUGUAAGUAGAUUUAUCUGAAGUUAACUGUUAACAGUAGCUGGCCUUAUAAAAUGUAAAAGUAAUGAAAAUUCACCAGUUUCUCUAAACCAGUGAAUGCCAUCUUUUACAAUAUUGUGUGUAAGCAGUACCCCCGUUUUUUGAGAUUAUCUUGUCAAUGAUAGCAUCUUGUGUGUUUUGGUUUUUAACUUGUGCUGAAGGACAAUCUAUAUCACUAUGGUCAAGCUAUGAGACCGGGUAAAAGAAUUCAUGACCAUGUGACUGGUGAGAAAUAAACUAUAGUCACUGCAUGUAAGAUUAUAUUCAGAUUUGGAGAAAAACAGAUUCUUUUCACUAAAAAGUAUUUGAUUGCUUUUAAAUACACAUGGUGAUGGGUGGAGGUCUUACCAUCUUUUUUCCACUUCGUUUUUGCUCAUUUUAAAGAACUGAGUAAAGGUUUCGUAAUAUAAAAUCUACCUGUAAAAAGCACCUGUAAUGAUAGUUAUUUUAUUAAAAAGGAAAGACCCAGUUACUUUUUAGGAAAAAUUAAUAACCUGCCUGGAAAUUAACUGCAGCAUUUACUUAGAUUUGUCCCCUAAAAGAGCCUGAUUGUGUUUAUUUUUUAGUUGGUGAUACCUGGUGAUAGUGUUGCAAGAUGAUCUCUUCCCUGAAAAAUCAGCCUGUCCUUUUAGAAAAAAAAUAGAGCAACUAAACUAAAGCAGAUUUCACUUUCAACAUUAGGGACUGAACAAGCAAACAGUUUACUGCUGUCAUCAUUUUACUCAUUUUGCUGGUCCUCAUUCAUACCUUUCUACCUUGGACAGCUAUGAUUUUUGUAUUUAUUUGUUGCUUCAGCUCAGCUUUAUGAAAUUUUCCUGCUGAAAGGACUUAUUGGGAGUUGUAGGUGGAUUGAAGUUAAUAUUUUAUUAAAUUCUUAAUUUAACUUUUCUGAGCCAUUUGAAAAAGAAAGCUGUUUUUGUCAAAAGGUACUGUUAAUUACAGUAAAUACCAACUUAAGAUUUGGUUUUUAAGGUUUGAUUGCUUUGACUGCUAAAGAUGUUUUCAUAUAUAACAGAUUCUAAUUGAAAAGUAAUACUAGCUAUGAUGUUAAUAAAUAAUAGGACACUGCCACCACCAGGAAAAAGUAACACCUUUUAAUAGUAAAUGUGUUCCCAAUAGGUGGGUUUUCAAUACUGCACUGAACAAAGUGGGAAGAGUCCUUUGAAAUCCUAUUGUGAUAAAGGGACUUAACCUCACCACUGGAAUCCUUGUUUUCAGAGCCUCUGAAUUUUCAGCCAAACACUGAAUUUACUUUAAAUUUUAUUCCUGAACAAAACAUCCCUAGAGUAAUAACCUUUAUUUUCACAAGAAAAUAAGGCACAAUAACCCAAGAGAGAGAAGUUAAACCUCAAGAUAAUAUUGUGUCCAAAAGUGUGUAUUUAGGAAAGUUAAAUCCUGUGGAAUUAGUAUAUUAUAUACUAGAUAAGGUGACUUAUUUUCUUGUACUGAGGUCUCUCUGUUUCUGGUUGUUUUUGUUUUGUUUUGUUUUGUUUUGUUGUUUUUAACUCUUGAGUAGACAGAGCUCACAAGUCUUUGGCAUCCAUUUUAGGUUGUACACUCAGAGUCAUCUUAUAACUGGAAACUGUCAGACAGCCCUUACCCCCACCCCAGCCAGCACAUAAAAGGGUCAAGAAAAGGAUGGAAAGAAACUACUGGAUAAUUGGUUGCCUGGUUGUUGUUGGGUUUUGGUUUGGGGGUGUGUGUGGGGAGGGGGGGUUGCCUGGUUUUUUUUUUUUUAAAUCACCAUUUAUAGUGUAAUCAUUGAUUGGCUGCCAUUCUUAAAAUAAUAUCUAAACAACCCUGUAAAAUAUUCCUCUGAUUUAAAGGUAUUUUAAGCUUUUGUUUAUCAUUUUUACAUCCUCUGUUCAACGAAGGCACUGUCCUGAGAGCUACUUUUUCCAGGUGUAUUGUUGCCCACAUUUUCAUUAACCACACCCCACAUCCCAGCCCCCUUCAUGCUUUCUCUUCUCACCUUCUGGAAAUGAAAGGAACUUGGGGGGAAUUUUUUUUUUCCAUUUUAUUCACUGAUCCAGAGGCCUUGUUGUCUUACUUUAUGAUGAUACUACAACUUUUUGGAACAAGAGCAAUGGAAAAAGUGAAUUAAGAUGAUGAACAAAAUCUUUUACCCACUGAAGCAUUUUCCAGUUGUGAGAUUCCUCUGUGUGUGGUCUCUUCCCUUAUUACCCCUGCUACCCUUUUCCCCUGACCUUGGUCAAUUUGGUCUUUAGGCUCAUACCAGUCUCCCCGAGACAUUCUGCAGUCAUUAUCACCUUUUUGGGUGGAUUUUAUUUUGUUUUAUUUUGGGUUUUUUUGUUUUUUGUUUUUUUUUAAAAAAACUUUUUAACAUUGAUGCAUAUUUGCUUGGGAUAGAGCUUGUGUAAUUUACCAAUCGUAUUGAUUGUAUGUGAUUGUGCCCUGCAGAGGUAUAUUUAACAAGACAAAAAUAAUUUAGGUUAAUAAAGGAGCCUAUGAGAUUUGAGUCAGGUUAUAAAUUCGUGAAAUCACUUAGUUUUGGAUAGUGAGAAUUUAUAUCUCCUAUUCUUAUAAAUCAGUGCUAGACAAAAUACCAUUUUUAAGAAGUUCUCUUGCAUUCCUAUUUUUUUCCUUGCCUCAGCUCCCUGUUUUUUCUUAAGCGUGUCUCCACCCACCUGUUCAGAAAUAAAAAUAUUGAGUCUUAAAGUGACAGCUGAUUUUUAAAUUGCUAAAGUUUGUGAAAUUAUACUUUUUCCAAGUGUUUUCAACUUUUUUUUUUUUAAAUGAAGACAAAUGGUUGAAAUUUCACAAGCUGUGAAUAAUUCUUUAGAUUCUGGCCAACUGUGAAAUCUUAUUUGAAGACUUUAUCUCUUGAAAGUUCUUUUGGAAUAGGAAAAAGAACCCUGUUUGAAAUGGACCAUUUUCUUCUCUUUUUAAUGUGUUUAUAUAUCCAAUUUUUAAACAGCCUUCAAAACAAGCGAGGUGGAAAUAAAGAGUAAUAGGAAGAUGUUUAGGGCAGCAGAAUUCUGGGUCUGAAUAAGUACAUGUUAUACUUGUCAGGUUUUUAAAAGGAUUAACGCCAUCUUUUUCAAUUUUGUAUUAUUUGUGUGCAUGUUGUUUAUAUCAAAGAUGCCACAUUUUGUUAAAAUCCUAUUUCCUUUCUUUAUUACCUUGGAAACUGACUCAGCCUCAUGUUGCUCCUAACUAGUGUUUAAAGCUCCCAAGAGUUGCAGAUAAAAGGGUUAUUUUAACAAGUAGAAGGAGGUGAUUCACCUUUCGGUUUGUAAAUAUCUGGUCUUUAUCUGCUUUCUGUCAGCAUUUAUAUUAAAUGAUAAAUUAAUGAGGA